AUGCGCUCCGGCAGCUUUCGAGGAGGGAGCUGCCGCCGACGGGGCGCCCGGCGGCCCGCGAGCUGCGCGCCGGGGGGCGGAGAGGGCGCGCGGAGGAGGCGAGGAGUCCAGGUGUCCUGUAGCCUUCACCUCCUUAGGCGAAAUCGGGACGUGUCGUGGGGGCGUCACUCCAAGCCUCCGGUCCCUCGGUCCCCGCGGCGGACACUCCCUCCUGGUGAAGCUCCCCCCGGGGCUGGAGAUGGAGCUCCCGCGCGCGCGCGCCGGGUCCCAGGCUCCCCACGCCGGAGGGGACCUGCGGCACCGAAACCCCUCUCAGGGACGGGAGUUCGGCGUAUUGUCCCCGGGGCUUUGGAGCUGUUGGAAGGUGCGCCCGCCUCGUACCCAGAGAAGGGAAAGGAGAGGCGGGCGCUCUUUCCUCCCUCUGCUGCACCGCCGCGCGGUCUGGUCCCGUCGUCCUUCCGCGAGGGGUGUGCGCCGGAACGGCCCAGUCCUGCCCUCCAGGUACCAGCCAGUCCCCAAGCGCGCCGGCCCAAGCUCCGGGCGGGGGCGCUCGGAUCCUCACGUUCAGGGUGCAGCCCCGCGGGACGCGACCGCCUAGCCAGCGAGACGGGCGCUGGGCACCUCACCGCCGCAAACUCCUCUGGCUUGCGGGCUGUGACUUUCCAUCCCAGCAUCAGACAGGAGAGCUGGACAUCCUUGCCAGCCCGGGGGUGGGGUGGGGUGGGGUGCGUCAAAACUCCGCUUCUCCGCGGUGAACGACUGGCGCUGGGCUGUGCCUUACAGCGGCGCGAAGCAGGGAAGGAAAUGAUCACUAAACUGAAGGAAGAACUGGGGUUCCACCGCAAAGCCAGAACAGAUGGUUCCGAGAUAGUGAGCCCCAGUGCCUUUUUGCUUCCAGAAGCCGAAAGCCGAGGCUGGCGGCUCCGGUCUGCCUCGGGCAGCGGCCGCAUGGCCCCGCUGGCCCCUUCCUUCUUCCAGUCAUCGCUGCGAAGUCAGCGCAGCCUCCUCGCCGGCUCCCGGCCGCCGGCGCGACCCCGCGCCCCCUCCCGCCGGGUGCCCGAGCCCGGCGGCCGCGGGCGCUUAGCGGAGGCGCUCGGUGCAGCUGGCGGCGCCGCCACGUGA